UGAAAGUGUGCGAGUGAAUGCUGUGUGCAGAUAUUGAGCUGUGUGAACUGAGCAUGCGCGAAGCGUGAGUGUCAUUAUGAAGACUGUUCACAGAUUAGCACCUGCGCUAACUCGCACUCAUACUGCGUCGUUUAUUAUCGUGAAAGAAAGGUUUUUUGUGUGUGUGUUGAGCUGUCUGUUAUACAUGAGGUUAUAAUGCGCUGUUUAGAUCAUAGUGUUUGUGAAUUUAGAUUUUUACACUCACGUGCGAGCGUUUUAUUCAGCAAUAAUCUGCUGUAGGUUUGAUUGUUCAUGUCUUGUGGAAAUCGUAAUGUUUAAAUUAAGGUCAUUUUGAUCAGUUAGAUUCUAAGUUUGAUUGAAGUUCAUGACCCUAGUCUCUUUUCUUUAGAUUUGAUAAUAAGGUAAAAUCUCCCUUUCAGUGGCACAUAUGACACAACAUUACAGCUUGUUUACCAUGAGAAGAGCUUUACAAUGUGUUUCAUAAUUCUUGUUUUUAAAUUACUCUAUUUUACAGUUCACAAGCUGUGAUACUAAUAUUUCCAGCCCUGUAAUGAUUCAUUCAGUAGUGUACUGACUGCUGAGUGUAAAUGUGGAGUAUUAACGAAGAUGCUGACUGUUGAUGUGGUUGUUAAAAACAGGGAUGCUAUUUUGAAGGUUCAAGGUUAUCUUUAUUAUACCCAAGGGGCAAUUUGUUGUACAGACAGCAUUAACGACACACAACCAUCAGACGAACAAUAAUAAAUAGACAAUAAAUACAACAGGGAAAGAAAAUAAUACUAAUUACGAGACCAAUAAACAUUAAUUACAACAUAAGAAUCAAGUUGAUUUAUUUAAAAAACCAGUGGCAGCUGGGACAAAAUACUUUUUAAGUCUACUUGUCCUACAUGUUGGCAGAUUAAGCAGCUUAAACUCCUUAAACAGGGAGUGGCUUGAAUCAGCCAGAAUUGACUGGACCUUUUUCACUGACCAAUCAUGCAAGGUCCUGCCUGAAAUUUUGCUGCACACUUUAACGAUACCCUUCAAUCAAUUUUUAUUUUUGAGAUUGAGUGACCCAUACCAGCUGAUAAAAGAAAACGCACUGUGCUGAAAUAAGAGACUGGAGAAUCCUGAAAAACUACAGUAAAAACACAAGAGAUGGAGGAGGAAGCUUCCAAGGAGACGGUGAAAACCUGGGGCUUCCGCAGGAGCACCAUCGCCAGACGAGAAUUUUUGGAAGCUGUUGGCUCCGUGGACAGCAUCCCUCCUCCCGCCCCAAGUCACAGCGCUCAGGGUCGAGGGCGGGGGCGUGGCCGGGGCAAACAGACUGCAGCCUCUAAAAGAGGCCGUGGGGGUCGCGGGCGUGCGCUGGCGCCCGUGCUCACACCCGCUGAUGAGAAGUUCAGCACUGAAGAUGAAGCUAUGGAAGCCGACAAUGCGCUGCAGGGUGUUGUGGCGGAGCUGAAAUCAGGCGAGGAGUCUCUGAGUGAGGGAAUCGUAUCAGAUCAAGUCAAAGACAGCGAUGAUCUCACUCUCAGAGAGAUUCGGAAGCGCGCUGUAGCUCGGCGACUGGAAGAACUCAAACACGGAGGUCAUGAUGGUGUGAACUCUGAAGAUACAGAUGUAGGGACGCGACUACUGUUGGAACAAGAUCAUGUGAACGUGUUAGAUACCACAGAAGACACAUCAGGAGGAAACAUGUUUUCUUCCACAGCUGGACAGGCAUGUGGAGAUUCAGUUGCUGUCACAGGAGCUCGGAAAGCUGUUGGAGGUGCCAGAAGAGCUGAACGAGUGAAGACAGAUGGUGAGUUUGCAGAGGAAAAGCGUGAGACUGAGGAAGAGGAGGAGAGUAAGAGGAUGGAUCAGGAUGCUGUCUGCAGUAUAUGUCAACAAACACACAAUAACAGGUCAAUGAUCUGCUGUGACUCUUGUCGAGAGUGGUGUCACACUGACUGUGUUGGCAUCACUGAAGCUCAUGAUCAUUUCCUGCAGAAGAGUGGAAAACAAUACAUGUGUCCCUCAUGCUCUGAAGACCACAUCACCAGGAAGAUUAAAAGCACUAGCAGAAUCACCAUAUUUCAUGCGGAGGAGAUUGUGGUAGAAUCAUUGAUGGAGGAGCAAAACACACGGGAGGAGGAGGUGAAGGUGGAGGAAAAGGAGCAGAAGAUGGUGGAUGAGAAGGUUGCUCUUCCUAGCUGUAUUGGUCCGGGCUGCAGUAAUGCUGCUCUGCCAGAGUCCGUGUACUGUGGUCAUCAGUGUAUUGUGCAGCAUGCAGCAGCAGCAAUGAAGAAUCUCUCUGAACCCAAAACUGAGACUAAACCUACUGCUAAAUCUGCUGAAAUUAUCAAGAGCCAGAAACGAUCAUUUCUUGCAAAGCUUUUCAAGGUAAAGAUCAGUGAGAAAGCUGUACAGGAAGAGACUGGGAGCAAACAGGAGGUGAUGAAGGGAGAGUCAGUGUGUCCUGCUGCAGUCACUGACCCUGAGAAACCAACAUCAAUAACAACAUCAUCAGAUCCUGCUGUAGAUGACAAACACACUAUUGAAGACAGAAAGGAAGUUGAGUGCAAUACAGACACACCACAGAGCCAACUCUCAGAUCUGACACUAGAUAGUCUCCCUCCUGAAAAGGCACCUGCAGCCCCACCGAUAAAGAAAUCCACACCAGGAAGAGCCAGGAAAACCAUGCCAGGAUCUCCACGCCUGGAGCUUCUGAGAGGCACGCUCAUUAAAAACCCAUUUCCUGUCGCUAAAAAGCCCUCUGAGUCCACAGCAACAUCUGAGUCCAUCAAACACCCAGAUGUCCGACCUGCAGCGGACGAACCUGUUGCAGUCCCUCUCUCCAGUCCACUACAGAUCAGACAGAACAUUCGUCGCUCGCUAACUGAAAUUUUGCUUCAAAGACUAAAUGCAAGUGAUGGUUUGAACAUCUCUGAAAGUGAAGUUGAGAAACUGGCUGUGAACAUGGAGAAAGAGAUGUUCAGUAUGUGUUACACCACAGGUGGGGAGUACAAGAGUAAAUACCAGCAUCUCAAGCUCAGCCUGAAAGAUCCCAAAAACAAGGAGCUGUGUCACCAGGUUUUGAAAAAAGAAAUUUCUCCAGUCAAACUCAUCCACCUGAGUCAGCAGAACACGAAGUCUGUUGAGGAGUGCACUGGUGACCCGGUGCUUCAGAGGUCUUUGAAGAAGGUACCGUCUUCUCUUUCCACAGAUAUAGAAGAACAUCCUCCUGUCUGUCCAGAGACAGUGGUCAAUGUAGAGAGCAAACAGUCAUUGAGCAAAUCCGCUCCUUCAGAAGUGAAAUCAUCUCUGACUCAACUCAAGCAAAGCCAAACGAGGAAAAUAAACUCAGAUGUCCCAGACGUGAUCAGCAGCAUGCUGAAAGACACAACACCAGAACAUAAACGCCAUCUGUUUGACCUUAACUGCAGGAUAUGUACAGGCCAAGUAUCCACUGAAGGGGAGCCUGAACCAAAAAAACCCAAGAUGGAGAAGACAAAGGAUGAUAGCGUAGAAGAGAAACAUUCAUCUGUUGUUCAAGUGAUGGAAGAAGCACCCCCACCUAUUAAGCCAGUAUUAGAUGCUGAUGUAAUGGAGUCGCCUGCUUCUCCAAAUGCAGAGGACUGUGAAACACAGACACCAUCAGUGGAUUUCUCCCCUGUUCUGAUCCCGUCAGUAUCCACUGUGUCCAUCUCAAGACGAGACCCCCGUACAGCUCAAUACCGGCUAACUCCAACAUGUUCUGGUCCAACGGUUGUCUCUCCACCACAGCAACAUCCACCCCCAGUGCUCAAUGUCAGUGAAACUACUAAAGAGAUAAAGCCGAUCCAUCCCUUGCACGUGCCGCCUCCUAUGCCAAAAUCUAUUCUCAUGAAACCCUCGCAUUCGUCAGCUUCCAGGGUAGACACUUUAUAUGGCUCGACCACAAGCUCUCUUUUUAGGCUGUUGGACUCUCCUACUCCAUCUGACAAGGGGACAAGACAGUUUUUAUCCAAGCAGGACACUUUAUGGAAGGGCUUUCUCAACAUGCCAACUGUGGCCAAAUUCGUCACAAAGGGAUACUUAAUCUCAGGCUCCCCUGACUUUCUGAAAGAGGACUUACCAGACACUAUCCAAAUUGGAGGCAGGAUAUUGCCACAAACUGUGUGGGAAUAUGUUGAGUUGAUAAAAACAUCUGAUGCAAAGGUGCUGUCAUUGAUUCGGUUCCAUCCAUCAUCUGACGAAGAGGAGGUUGCAUAUGUGUCUUUGUUCUCUUAUUUCAACAGUCGAAGGAGAUUUGGGGUUGUUUCUAAUAUUUCUAAACACAUCAAAGAUCUUUAUCUCAUUCCCCUGUGUGCAAAACAGUCCAUGCCUGAUGUACUACUUCCUAUAGAUGGACCAGGGCUCGAACAAAAUCACCCUAAUCUUCUAAUUGGGUUGGCGGUCUGUCAGAAACCAAAGCAGCCUGAGGCAUUGCCACAAGAGUUUGGUGAGAAGAAAUCUAGAUCCCUGAUCCGCUCAGAGAAGAAGGAAACAAGCAAUCCUACCUCACUAAACACUCUCAUAUUUGAUGUUGGACAACAUAACACAAAGGCUUGUGAUACUGAUAUCCCCAUCAACACAAAUGUUCACAGACCUUUACCUUUGUUUGUGUCACCAGACCCACCAUGCUCUGCAAGGUCCCUUUCUGGCCCAUCUUCUCUGUCUAGUGUGUUAACUGUGUCAAAACCCACCACAUCUAUCAACACUGACCCAUCCAAAGACAGCUUCUGCACUACACCACUUCAGACCAUACUUAACACAUUAUUUGGUCAAAAGAAGCAACACUCUUAUGUCCCAGAGUGUAAGAUGAGCUCUUCAACAGAUGAAGUUCAGCAACAACAGAUGUGUAAAGAAACAAUAAAUAUAAUUGAGUUAUGUGAUGAUAGGCCUUAUGAUCCUGAGGAAUAUGAUCCAGCUACUACAUUUGGAGCCAUGGAGCCGACUCCAGCUGAAGUUGUGGAGUCUAAAGUUCUAACUGCAGCACCUGAUGAUAAUGAUUAUGAUGAUGAUAGACCGUAUGACCCUGAGGAGGAGUAUAAUGCAGUUGACAAAGGUGUAAAAAAUAACAUACCCAAAGUGUCAGAGGCUAAAACAAUAGAAGAAACCACUAAAGCGAACAGUGAUGUAGCCUAUGAUCCAGAGGACGAGACGGUGUUUGAGGAGAUGCAAAGUUACCUCACAAGUAAUGCCAUACCUCACAAGGCUGACAUCUGUGAACAGGUCAACAUUUCAAGUUCAACUUUGUCUGAGCAGCAAAAAAUUCUGGAAGAAUUAAAUAGGCAGAUAGAGGAACAGAAAAGGCAGCUAGAAGAACAGACAGAGACUCUGCGUCUACACAAGGAAGCAAUUGGUGUUUCCAUGGCCCAUUUUUCUGUUUCUGAUGCUCUGAUGUCACCACCCCCAUCGUUUGGCAGGGAAGAAGAGGAAAAAAUGCCCUUUUUUCCAACAGUUUAUAAGAAUAGGGAUGCACAGACCUGUCAAAAAACAAGCCAGGAUGCUGCGAAUGAGAAGCCUGAAUGUGAGGCUGUUGAAAAAGAAAGUGCAACACAAGAAUUAUUAAACAUGGAAGAAGAACAGAAUGUAGUAUUGGACACAAAGAAAGAGAAAUCGGCAUAUGAUGAAACAAAACCUAAAGAAGGGUCGCCAGAUAUUGAAACUGGACAAUCACACAUCACUAAAGGCUCCCACUCAGAGUAUUCUAGCAAAACAAGAGACGAAGGUAGCAGGUCUAUAUUGAUCACCAAUAGGUCAACAAGAAGGUCACGGCAUGAGCGCAGAUCAUACCAUCAAGAUAGGGCAUCUUCAAGAGCAUUGCAUAAAAAUAGAGACCCAAAGGAUGAUUCAGACAAACGGCACAGAAGUAGACAAUCUGCAGAGCACGUCUCUCAGCGAAGUCACAGUGACAGAAAAAGACUGACAUCCUCAAGAACAAGGCGUGAUCACCAUCACAGAGACUCGUCUAGGAAAAGGAGAAGUCAUAAUUCCACAAGUUCACGCUCAUGCCGGAGAGACAGAUCGUCACAGGAUGGUAGUUACCAGUCACAUAAGACCGACCAGCAAGAGCCUGGACCAUUUGCAAUGCAUAGCACUCAGUCUUCACAACCAGAUUCUGACCUGGAGCCAGGCAGCAAUCAGAUGCAAUCUCCGCACAAAUUACGACAAAGUGGUAAACUGCAGUGUGAUACUGCUACAAAUCAAACUACGAAUCAACUGCAAAGGGGGCAUGAGACCGAUCAGAGCAACCAGAAACCUCAAGCGUCCCAAAAUGCUGGUGAAGAUUCAUUACAGUCAUUUUAUAGUAAUCAGCCAUUCACUGGCCAUUCUGAAAUGAAUAGAGAUAAUGUGCCCCUCAACAAAAUUGACCAGUCUUCUAAACAAGGAUCAUUGCUGCCUUCACUUGGCAGUGGUAAUGUUGCCCAUGAUCAAACUUUCCAGCCAACAAACAUCACUACAGCACCACCCCAAGUACAGAAAGGCAUUUUACACCUUGAUUCAGAAAGUCAGUCCUUGGUGAGGGGAGCUCCAUCUAACCAGCCACCACUAAACCAAAUAGCUAAUGUUGGCAGGUCUAGACAGAUUAUUCAAAAGAGAGGUCUGCCAUUAAUACAAAAGCAUAAUUAUUUCCAACAUGAGACUGAAAAAUUAUGCCCAGGAGAUAACCCAGAAAUUGCUUUUUCACAAUCUGACCCUGACCAGUUCUAUUGCAGGGAUAUUACACGUCAAGAACUACCUCAGAAAGAAAGAAGCAAACUUUUAGUGCAUGAGGAAGACCACAACAAUCAGCUCGAUCAUCGCCAGUUUGAUCACCAAAAUUAUCCAAAUAACAUGUUAAGAAGAGGGUUUCUUUCAGAAGACACAGACCUGUUACAUGAAAGCAGUUUUCAAGAACCUGAAACCGAUCGAUUUCAUCACAAUAAUGUGAAAAAACAAAAUUUUCAGAGAGAUGAGUCUGCCCAGUUUCAGGAAAGAGAGUCAAUAUUAGGGCCUGCCCCUGUGCAAAAUAAGUCAGCCCAGUUUCAGCAAAAAGAGUCAAUAUUAGGGCCUGCCCCUAUGCAAAAUGAGUCAGCCCAGUUUCAGCAAAGGGAGUCAAUAUUAGGGCCUUCCCCUGUGCAAAAUGAUUCUGCCAAGUUCCAACAAAGAGAGUCACUGUUAGGGCCUGCCCCUGUGCAUAUGGGCAGUUUCAGGCCUCCUAAUCCUAAUCGACCUAGGGCUCCACUUGCUUCAUGUUAUGAUAAGUGGAAACCAUCAGGGGAGCCUCCUACUUUGCCCAUGAUGGAACAAAGAGGUCCUAAAUUUGGUCAGCAUAUGAAUGCCAACCCUAGUGCUUUGGAAGGUUCUAGACCUUUUCAAAACUUUGGACUAAGGGUCCAAUCCCCAGGCUUUGUGAUGCAUGAGAGUUCUGGAUUGACUAAAGACCGUCAGCCCAAAGGACCAUUCACAGAAAAGAUGUUUGAGAGUGUUGGACCUUCUCAAACAAUUGGGCCAAGGGGCCCAUCUCCAGGGCCAUGCCCUUUUCAGCAUGGUAUGGAUGGUCACAGUGGUUUACGUCAGUUAAUGCAUGAUAGAGCCCAUCUACAGCUGAAUUCAGUUGAACCAGUGAGCCCUCCUAAUGUUGCUGGGCCAUCUGAAGAAGAGUUAAGAGAUUUGCAACUACCACACUGUAAUUCUUCAAAAGGGUAUGUUCCACAUAGACAGUUUCACAAAGAACAGUUUGACAAAAAUGAAUCUUAUCCUCCACACUUUAAUUAUCCAAGAGGUUGUGCACCAUUUAAGGAAUUUCAUGAGGGGCAGUCUGAUUACAAAUGUUUUUCACAUGAGCAGCCUAAUGGGCCAAGAGGACAUUCUUCCCCACAUAAUGCAUAUGAACCACAACACUCUAACUGUCACCAAACAUUUGCAGAUGAUGAGGAAGACUACAGGACCCAGACAUGUAUUCUGAGACAGGCUCAAAUACACUCUCAAGACCCAACAUGUGGUCCAACCCAUAGCCAGUUUGAAGGGCAGCAAUAUUCAGAAAUUAGGGGUAAAACAAGAGGGGUUCAACAAUCUGAGUUUAGAGGACGAGGUAGAGGAAAUGUAGGGACAUUUUUUCAAAGGCACCAUGAAAUUAAUGUGCAAAUAAAGGGACCUCGUUUUGAGUCACCGCAGCAGUUAAUGGGCCAAAGAGAAGCAUCUACUGAUUUUCAUGGUCAGAGAAGGCCUUCGCCUCAAAAUAUUGAACAUUUUGAGGAUCAUAAUGAAGCUCAAUCAUCUGACCUUCCCCACCAUUCGACCUCAACUCCAACUCAGUUUAACAAGACACGGCAUUCAAAUCUAUGUGAGAGUCUGACUAUGGGACAGCAAAGGCCACAUGUUGAAGGCCUACUUAGACAGACAAAUAUUCUGCCUUUACGACGUUCAGGUCCGCUACUCCCCACUCCACCUGGAGGUCCAAUUAGGCCGCUCAUCCCCAGGGUACCAAGGCCUAACUUCCACAAAGAAUGCAAUAGGCCACAGGGACCAACUGCCAUAAGAGAAGGUCAUGUCACAGAGGACAUCAGUGGACCUUUGUUUCAUGGAGAGAAGCCAAGAGUUGGUCACAAUUUUAACCCUCAGCAAAGUGCUAACUCGAAAAGUGUCAUUCAAAAAGAACAAAGAGUAGGGCAUGAAGACAGAAGGAGAGAACAAAGUGUCCUGGACAGUAGUUAUGGACAACCAUGCAGAAGGUCAAGAGGAAGAAAUGGUAGAAGUAGGGCCGGAAAAAUGGAAAGGUUUGUUGAUAAAAAUCAAGACAAUAGAGGGAAAGAAAUGAGUAGAGAUAUAGACUCAGACAGAAGAGAUUUUUGUAGAGGAAGGGCAAGAGCACGUGGCCGCUUACUGCAAAGAAAUGAUAGGAGCAGAUCCCAUAGUGAUUGGUCGAGGAGUCAAGAUUUAGACUAUGGGGGACAGCAAGAUUAUGCCAUAGAUAGACAUCAAAAUUAGAAUAUACAAGGAAAAUAGGAGCAAGGCAACCCCCUGAAUGUUUAAAUGAAUAUUGUGUACAUGUGCAAGAUAGAUCUUGUUUUAAGCCAUUAUGUGGUUAGAAUUUACUCUUGAUAUUGUUUGGCUACAUCAGCAAAACAUGAUUAAUGUAUUGAAUUUUUCUUGAGAGAUCCUGCUAUACCGAUGUGAAUACUUUCAGUUGAUUGCUGAAAAGGAAAAAGGUUUUUCUUGUUAAGUUUUUGAAAUGUAAAAGAGUCUAAGCAGGACGUUCAUUGUUUAAGUUUAUGCUAACGUUUUAGAUUUUUAUCUCCUGCAAAGCUCUUGACUCAUGUUCUCAUGAGAUACUAAAUAACAAUGUACAUUUGUGUUCAUACAUUUUUAAGCAGUUUCCUAAAUGCACAUUUGUAAGUCAGUUAGAAUCUCAAAAGAACCUUGUGUAUGUCCUCUGAUUUAUGUAGUAAAGAACUGAACCACAAAGCCGGGCCUAUGUUCUGAUGAUCUAUGAUUGUGUGCGUGUUGUUAUAAUUACAAAUAUUACUAUGGAGGAAAACAAAAUGAUGUGGCCAUUUUGUAAUCAAGUAUUGGACGAGUGCAACACCGUUUCUCACCUUUGAUAUAAAUUAUUAAUUGCCAGUGUUUGGACAGUGACACUCUUUUCAUCUUAAUGUUUUAAUGAAACAUUAACUGGGGAUAAAAAGUAUACUCUCAGCUUUAAUAUGAGUAUAAACUAUCUUUAUUAAAUGAGUAGUUUUCGAUAUGGCAGAGUUUAGACUGUUUGGACAGUAACUUCUGUUAUUUGUCCAUUAUGCAUUUGUGUGCAUGCAAAGAGCUGCAGGUUUGAAAAUGUAAGUUUGCAUUUGCUCUGGUAAACUUUUGCAAUCCACAGGAGAUCACUAGAAAAAUGCCUGGCCAUUGUGGCAUUAAAACACACACUUAAGCAAGUAUAUACUGUAUAAACAAUGGGAGGCAUGCAAUGAUUUGUACAUUAUUAAGAGAGGACAGUUCAUAACUGUUCAGAAUUUAGUUCAUACUUGCACAUUUUGCACACAAAAAAAAUAAAUAU